AUUUGGCGGGGCCUUUGUGUCUCGCUGCCGCCGGACCUUGGCGUCUUGUCUUCACUGCUUGGCGUCCUCUGCCAUAAAAGGCCCGGCUGCUGUGACCCUGUUAUCUGCAAAAACUUGAAGGUUUACAGCUAAGACGCCGGGGACCCCUGGAAGCCUAGAAAUGAGCCUUCUCUACAUCAUGUCUUCUUAUAUGCCAUGUAGAAUUCUCACCAUGAAUUUAUGAUCUGCAGUGUUAAAAAUGUUCCCUUUGUGGCCAUUGAACAUGGGAAGAUGAAUAUACUCAAGAUUCCUAUGGGGGAAAAGCUGAGUUCCUUAGUGAAGAAGGAGAACAUGGACCACUGACAUUUAGGGAUGUGAAAAUAGAAUUCUCUCUGGAGGAGUGGCAAUGCCUGGACACUGCGCAGCGGAAUUUAUAUAGAGAUGUGAUGUUAGAGAACUACAGAAAUCUGGCCUUCUUGGGUAUUGCUAUCUCUAAGCCAGACCUGAUCACCUGGCUGGAGCAAGGAAAAGAGCCCUGGAAUAUGAAGAGUCAUGCGAUGGUAGCCAAACCCCCAGUUAUAUGGUCUCAUUUUGCCCAAGACCUUUGGCCAGAGGAGAGCAUAAAAGAUUCCUUCCAAAAAGGGAUACUGAGAACAUAUGGAAAAUAUGGACAUGAGAGUUUACAGCUAAGAAAAGACUGUAAACAUGUGGAUGCAUGUAAGGUGUACAAAGGAGGUUAUAACCAAUGUAUGAUGACUACUGAGAGCAAAAUAUUUCAGUGUGAUAAAUUUGUGAAAGUCUUUCAUAAAUUUUCCAAUUUAAAUAGAAGUAAGAUAAGACAUACUAGAAAGAAACCUUUCAAAUGUAAAAACCAUGGCAAAUCAUUUUGCAUGCUUUCACAACGAACUCAACAUAAGCAAAUUCAUACUAGAGAGUAUUCUUACAAAUGUGAAGAAUGUGGUAAGGCCUUUAACUGGUCCUCAACACUUACUAAACAUAAGAUAAUUCAUACUGGAGAAAAACCCUACAAAUGUGAAGAAUGUGGCAAAGCUUUUAACCGGUCCUCAAAUCUUACUAAACAUAAAAUAAUUCAUACUGGAGAGAAACCCUACAAAUGUGAAGAAUGUGGCAAAGCUUUUAACCGGUCCUCAACCCUUACUAAACAUAAAAGAAUUCAUACAGAAGAAAAACCCUACAAAUGUGAAGAAUGUGGCAAGGCCUUUAACCAGUUCUCGAUUCUUACUAAACAUAAGAGAAUUCAUAUGGAAGAUAAACCCUACAAAUGUGAAGAAUGUGGCAAAGCCUUUAGAGUAUUCUCAAUUCUUAAAAAACAUAAGAUAAUUCAUACUGGAGAAAAACCCUAUAAAUGUGAAGAAUGUGGCAAAGCCUUUAACCAGUUCUCAAACCUUACUAAACAUAAGAUAAUUCAUACUGGAGAGAAACCCUACAAAUGUGAAGAAUGUGGCAAAGCCUUUAACCAGUCCUCAACCCUUACUAAACAUAAAAGAAUUCAUACUGGAGAAAAACCCUAUAAAUGUGAAGAAUGUGGAAAAGCUUUUAAACAAUCCUCAACCCUUACUGAACAUAAGAUAAUUCAUACUGGAAAGAAACCCUACAAAUGUGAAGAAUGUGGCAGGGCCUUUAGCUGGUCUUCAGCUUUUACUAAACAUAAGAGAAAUCAUAUGGAAGAUAAACCAUACAAAUGUGAAGAAUGUGGCAAAGCCUUUAGUGUAUUCUCAACCCUUACUAAACAUAAAAUAAUUCAUACUAGAGAUAAACCCCACAAAUGUAAAGAAUGUGGCAAAGCCUUUAACCAGUCCUCAGUUUUUACUAAACAUAAAAUAAUUCAUACUGAAGGGAAAUCCUACAAAUGUGAAGGAUGUUGUAAUUCUUUUAACCAGUCCUCAAACAUUAGUACACAUAAGAUAAUUUAUACUGGAGAGAAACCCUACAAAUACGAACAAUGUGACAAAGCCUUUAACAACUUCUCAACUCUUAUUACACAUCAGAUAAUUUAUACUGGAGAGAAACCCUACAAACAUGAAGAAUGUGGUGGAGCCUUUAACAAAUCCUCAAAUUAUACUCAAGAGAAACUACAAACCUGAUAGAUGUGACAGUGGUUUUGAUUACGCCUCAAACUUUUCUAAACGUAAACCAUACUGAUGAGAAA